AGCGAUAUUAAUCUCUAUCUCUGCCCGCGCAAGGUAAUCUUUUAUCGAGACGCUCGCUCGAGCUAUAUAGGCGUUCGCGGAGACACGAGCCGCCGCCGCCGCCACCAGAUAAUAAUUUCAGUAUGUGUUGAUUUCCUUUUGCAGUCUAGCCGCGCGUGUGUCGUUCUAUCGAACAUCCGGCUACACCCAGCCGCGUCUUACAUCGAUUGUUAACGCAUACGACGGAUGACGCGGAAAACCGACGAAAAUCUGAUCGAGACGAGCAUGUCGACGACCGCAGCCAAAUCGAAUCGAGAGGUGUCGGUAGCCUGUCUCGAGAACGCCACGGACGACAUCGACGAGAAUGCCACCGCCAUCAAGGACGGCAAAAAGGUCUUCCUGCGCCAGAGCCUCACCUGCCUGUCGCUCUGCUCCAACAUCCUGGCCUGCGCCCUCUGCUUCGGCCUCAGCACCAUCAUGGACAAGCAGAUGACGCCUCUAUCCCUCACCAAAAGCUCGAAUCUCACGAACAGCUGGAAGAUCGAUCGUGGCGAGCUGUUCGACCAGCCGGAGAUCGUCGUCGAGUCGCUCGAGCUGCGCUCCUGGAUCAUCUCAUCCCUCGUGUUCUUCAUGUGUCCGGGCGGCUGGAUCAUGGUCGCGUGCACGCGCUGCCUCGGUCGUCGCCCUCUGCUUUUAAUCAGCGACUGCGUCUUCGUCGCGGCCUGGCUCUGCGUCACCUUCGCCGAGACGCCCUACCAGCUGCUCGUCGGUCGCUGCGCCCUCGGCCUCUGCAUGGGCGUCCUCCUCGGGCUCUGCACCGUCUAUCAGGGCGAGAUCAGCGCGCCCGAGCUGCGCGCCAUGCACAACGUCGUACAGUCGGUCUUCUUCAGCAUCGGCAUGGCCAUCUGUCACACGCUCGAUCUCUGGAUACACUGGCGCACCAAUUCGGCCCUCGCCACAUUCUUCGCCCUGUUCUCGCUGGCGGCCAACUGCUAUCUGCCCGAGAGUCCGGUCUGGCUGGUGCAGCGCGAUCGCCCGCUGGACGCCGAGCAGUCCUGGAUGUUUCUGCGGGGCGAGCUGCGCUUCGCCGAGUUCCAGUCGAUGCUCGACGCCCGACGACUCGCCAAGUCCAGCUCCAGAUCCGGAAGCGCCGCGGAGUCCAAGUGCCGAAGAUAUCGCGAGCUCGUGGCGUCGCGCAACUUCUGGAAGCCGCUCAGCAUAAUCCUGCUGCUGUUCACCGUGGCGCAGACCAGCGGCGUGGGCUCCGUCACGUUCUACUGCAUGCAGAUGGUGAGCGAGAUCGCGGGCGAGGACAAGGCCUACGUGGGCACCCUGGCCCUCGACGCUUUGCGGCUCUUCUCCUCGCUGGCGCUCACCUACCUGAGCGGUCGUCACAGCACCCGUCGACUCACGCUGGCCUCGUCCUUCGCCUCCGCGACUUUUCUCUGUCUGCUCGCCGGGGCGAUCCUGAGCGGACUCUCGGGCCCGUGGCUGCCUCUGGUGCUGCUGUUCUGCUACGAGGUGGCCAUCAGUAUCGGCCUGCUGCCCCUGGCCUGGACCUACUGCAGCGAGCUGUUUUCACCCGCGACGAAGGAGCUGGGCAUCGGCAUUGUGACCAGCUACAAUUAUCUCGUGCUGUCGAUCGUCGUCAAGACCUCGCCGUACUUCUUCGCCUGGCUCGGGCCCGCCGGCACAUUUUUGUUCUACGGCCUGACGACCCUCGUCGGAGCCUGCAGUCUCUACUGCAUUUUACCCAACACGAGUAACAAAUCGCUGAUAGAGAUCGAGACGAUGUUUACCAAACGGACGUGAUUUUUAAAUUGUCUUAAUUCUUAAUUUUUAGUUUAUAGCUUUAAUC